GAGAACGAUAUAACCUCCCUCACUGUUACCGAGUUGCAGGUCAUUUUUUUGAUUCAUUUAAAUUUUGGCACUUUCCAAAUGAUAGGUACUUAGUUUGGAAGUGUACGACUACCGAGUACCCGUUCGACUUGAAUUAAAAUGGCCGAGCUCCUCCUGGACGUGAACAUCCGCGGAUGCGUCUUCCUUCCGAUCGUUGUCAUCACGUUCCUCGUCGGCAUCGUUCGCCACUACAUAUCAGUUCUGACGACUUCCACUAAAAAGGCGGAAAUUCAGCAAGUUCAGGACAGCCAAGUUUUGAUAAGAGCCAGGAAUCUCAGGGAAAAUGGCUGUUAUCUAACAAAAUCUUCGUUUCAAAUGAGACGCCACUAUUUCAACAAUGAGGAUACCGGUUAUUUUAAGACUCAAAAGAGAAGUUCAGCUGCACAGAAUCCAAUGACGGAUCCUAGUGUAAUGACAGAUAUGUUGAAAGGGAAUAUCACAAAUGUCUUACCAAUGAUUGUAAUUGGAGGUUGGAUUAAUUGGAUGUUCUCCGGUUUUGUAACAACAAAAGUUCCAUUUCCACUGACCCUUAGAUUUAAACCCAUGUUACAACGGGGAAUCGAGCUGGCCUCUUUAGAUGCUUCAUGGGUGUCAUCAGCAUCCUGGUAUUUUUUGAACGUAUUCGGGCUCAGGAGCAUAUAUACAUUAGUUUUAGGAGAAAACAAUGCUGCCGAUCAGUCACGACAUUUUCAAGACCAGAUGUCAGGGGCAGCCAUGGCCCUUCCGCAAGAUCCAAAGGCGGCAUUUAAGUCCGAAUGGGAAACGUUGGAAAUUUAUGAACACCAGUGGGCGUUGACGAAUGUUGAAUUAGACUUUGUUGGUACAAGUAAUAAACUUAAACAGGAAUAAUUCCAACGCUUUAAAAAAAUUUAAUUUAUUCAAGGAGUUGCAAAACAACAACGACAACAAACAAAGUGAAAUAGUUGUUGAAACAAUACAAAUUAACGAAUACUAUUGGAAUAUUGUUUCCUUUUUUUUUUUAAAUCUGAAAAUUGAAAUUAGUUCUAUAGGUUCUUAUGCUGUAAUUAUAAACGUUUAAUGUCUAACAUAAAUCUGUAUGAAUUUCCAACUAGAUCAUAAUAAACAAAUGGAUUUGUACGAAAACGAUUAGUUAUUUGUUUUUAAACCAAUGCUAUUAUGUAUUUAAAUAUAUAUUUGUAAGAUCUUGUUGGGAUAUUCCAAUUAGUAAAAAUAAUUUUUAAAAAUUUUCAUUUAUCAUCUCAAUUGCUUGACUUUUGAGGUGAGGAAAAGAGCAAAGCACGUAACGGGAAUUGUGAGAACACAUGUGUAUAUUCUUAUUAAAUGUUGGAAGGCUUCUAAUUAAUUGAUACAAUUAUUACCUUUAUCUUCGACCAGUAGCAAAAUCAUGUAGUUUUUCCCCAUAAUUCAGUUCAACAUUUUGUUAUUAAAUUAGGGUAAUUAUUAUUAAAUAAAUUACUGUUAUAUUGUUUUGCAUUUCUCA